AUGGUGAUUCGUCGAUCAUUGCGUCGCGGAGGAAGACAACCGACGUCGGUUUCUCGCAGAGUUCCUAUUCCGGAAUCAGCUCCGUCGUCGCCUCAACCUCAAAUCACGCCGCCUCAACCGCAAAUCACGCCGGAACUCUCACCGGAUAGUAUUCACUCACCAUUUCACCUAACUAAUAGCGAUAACCCAUGUCUCUCCAUCAUAUCUGAAGUUCUCGACGGUUCAAACUAUGAUAACUGGAGUAUUGCUAUGACGAUUGCCUUAGACGCUAAGAAUAAGCUUGUGUUUGUUGAUGGAUCUCUCGAACGACCUCAAGAAUCACAUUCUAACUAUCGAAUCUGGUCUCGAUGCAAUUCAAUGGUCAAGUCUUGGAUUCUCAACACAGUUUCUAAACAGAUCUACAAGAGCAUUCUUCGCUUGAAUGAUGCGACUGAGAUAUGGAAAGAUUUGUUAACUCGCUUUCACAUCACGAAUCUUCCUCGCUCUUAUCAGCUAUCUCAACAAAUCUGGUCAUUGCAGCAGGGAUCAAUGGAUCUUUCAACAUACUACACCACUCUGAAGACCUUAUGGGAUGAACUCGAUGGUGCAAACUGCGUGACUACUUGCAGAAACUGUGAUUGUUGUAAAGCAACAGAGACAAAGGCUGAUCAAGCUAAGGUCAUCAAGUUCUUAGCUGGCUUAAACGAGUCCUAUGCCACUAUUCGCAGUCAGAUCAUUAUGAAGAAACACAUUCCUGAGCUUUCUGAGAUAUACAAUCUACUGGAUCAAGAUUAUAAUCAGAGGAAUAUCGUUCCAAUCCAGAACGCUACUGCUUUUCAAAUCACAGCACCUGUACAGACUCCUGUACAAGCUCCUCUUAUCAAUGCUUCACAAUCUACUUAUCCACCUCGCCAGGGCAGACCAGUUUGUGCACAUUGCGGAUACAAUGGACACACUAUUGAUACUUGCUACAAGAUACAUGGCUAUCCAGUGGGUUUUAAACAUAAGACAAAACAGCAGAAUGAUAAGCAGACGCCUAAAGCUGGAAAUUCAAAACCGGUAGUAGCUCAGAUGACAGUCGCUGAACCUUUUGUCAAGUGUUAUCAAUAA